AUGAGUAUGAUCUUAAAUAAAAUACUCAAAUUAGGGCCUGCAGUAGUAGAAUCACGACUGUUUUUUUCCCGCAAAACAUGUCCGGCAAGUAAGAAACCUGUAUGUCCCUCCUCGGCUGGAUCUCAAGCAUCGGGGUCAUCAGGUGGUACGGCAUUAAAACGAGGGGAGCCUGGAAAAGUCCGUAUGGCAAUGUUUCCUGAAGAAUGGUUUAAGUUUUUCCACAGUAAAACAGGAGUAUCUGGGCCAUACUUAUUCGGUAUUCUUGUAACAAAUUAUUUCGUGAGUAAAGAAAUUUUUAUAAUGGAACACGAAUAUUAUGCUGGGCUUUCCAUAUUCGUAAUGGUAGCAGGAGGUGCGAAGUUACUCGGUCGCGAUCUUGGCAUAUUUCUUGACUCUCAAGUAGAAGCCAUAGAGAAAGAGCUCGAACAGGACCGAAAAAAUCAAAUGAACUUUUACGAAACAAUAAUAAAGGAUUCAAAAGAUAUGCAAACGCGCGCUGUUGGACAAAAAAUGUUAUUCGAUGCUAAAAAAGAAAAUGUUGCUAUGCAGCUUGAAGCAGUGUAUCGCGAGCGGUUAAGGCUAGUAUUCAAUGCAGUAAAAGGUCGGAUGGAAUAUCAUGCUAAGCGUAUCAGAGUUGAGAAUAGAAUCCAUCAAAAGUGGAUGAUAGAUUGGAUUUUAAACAAUGUCAGGAAGUCCAUUACACCAGAUUUUGAGAAGCAAGCCCUAAAUAGAGCUAUUGAAGACUUAGCGGCCAUUGCUAGUCGAGCAUAA